AUGAUCAUUGAUUUAUUUAUUUUGCCAUUUUAUCCUUUAAAGCGUCACUGUCAUCCCGCUUGCAAUAGUGUAAAGCGUGUGUUAUCUGUUUGCGAAGUUAGAGUGCAUAAUACUUGUGAACAACCUUUUGGACUAGAUUAUAGUUCAUCGUCAAAUCCACCAUCUCCGCCACCUACAAAUCCACCACUUUCGCCAACUACAACACCUUCAUCAUCAUUACCAUCUCAAUGUAAUCCACAAUGUGCAGGUGGAUAUAACUGUAAUAGUGCUGGAAUAUGUGCACAAUGUAAUUUAGAUGAUGAUUGUGGUUUUCUACAACGUUGCAACAAAUGCUUAUGUAUAUAUAGUUGUGUUGGUGUAUAUGUUAAUGUUUCUUGUUCAUGUUAA